GUGGCAGUGCACCUUAAAGUUGUAUCCGCAGACCCAUCUCCAACGAAGAAGAAGAGCGCCUCUGUCUCCAGUCAGCAAGGAAAGGUGUCGUUUUCAAGACUGCAACAAACUGGUAGCUAUUUGAGGGAUCCAGGCAGAGAGAAAGGUGGAAGGAGACGGCUGGACUGACAAUGACCACUGAAGGGGAUCCCAGCCUCUCUGCCAAACUGCUGCAACUGGUGCUGCUGUCCACCUACUGGGGCAUGCAGAUCUGGUUUACCUGCAUAUCAAGCUUUGUGAUGGACAGCCACCUGAACAGACACACAUUUGGUUUGAUCCAGAGCAGACUGGUUCCAUUCUACCUUCACCUGGGCUCUCUCUGUGCCUUCCUCAACCUGACGCUGUUUGCUGUCUACCACCCUGCAGACCUGCUAGAUGACAGAGAGGCCUUCCAGAUUGGGGUAUACUUCCUGUGUGUGUCGGUAGCAGCGGUCAACGCCCAGUGGUUCGGUCAGAUGACAUCAGAGAUAAUGGAAGACAUGCAUCUAAUGGAGCAAGCACAAGGAUUGGGCCAGGACAUUGGUCUAUCUACCAAUAGGGAGGCUUACGCCAAGCUGUGUGAGACAGACGGAAGAUACAGGCGUCUGUCUGGUCGGCUGUGGCUUUACAGACUGUUGUCUUCGCUGUGUAACAUCUGCUGCAUUACCUGCAAUGCAUACAGCCUGUACUACCUAGCAGAGAACCUUACUUCACUAUAGCACAGUUACCAAAUCUGCAGUAUCUAUUGGCUGGGGAAAUAUGGAUGGUAAGUCCACGGGUGGCUGGAGUGAAUGGUAUCGACACAUUAAAAUCAUGGUUUCAUACCAUUCACAUUACUAUGAGCCGCCCUACCCUCACCAGCCUCUCGUGGUUAAGUCCAGCAACACUCAGGUUUGUUCUUUUUCAAGCCAUUUUAAUCUUCUAUUUUAUUAAACUAGAGGAGAGAUGUAUUUUAUUAAACUAGAGGAGAGAUGGGGGGGAUGCAUUUUAUUCUACUGGAGAGAUGGAGGGAUGUAUUUAAUUAAACUAGGAGAGGUGGAGGGAUAUAUUUUAUUAAACUAGAGGAGAGAUGUAUUUUAUUAAACUAGAGGAGAGAUGCAUUUUAUUCUACGAAAGGAGGGAUGCAUUUUAUUCUAGAGAGAUGGAGGGAUGUAUUUAAUUAAACUAGAGGUGGAGGGAUAUAUUUUAUUAAACUAGAGGAGAGAUGGAGGGAUGCAUUUUAUUCUACGAAAGGAGGGAUGCAUUUUAUUCUACUAGAGAGAUGGAGGGAUGUAUUUAAUUAAACUAGGAGAGGUGGAGGGAUGUAUUUUAUUAAACUAGAGGAGAGAUGGAGGGAUGCAUUUUAUUCUACUAAAGGAGAGAUGGAGGGAUGUAUUUUAUUCUACUAGAGGAGAGAUGGAGGGAUGCAUUUUAUUAAACUAGAGGGAUGUAUUUUAUUCUACUAGAGGAGAGAUGGAGGGAUGCAUUUUAUCAAACUAGAGGAGGGAUGUAUUUUAUUAAACUAGAGGAGAGAUGGAGGGAUGUAUUUAAUUAAACUAGGAGAGAGGGAGGGAUGUAUUGUAUUCUACUAGAGGAGAUAUGGAGGGAUGCAUUUUAUUAAACUAGAGGAGAGAUGGAGGGAUGCAUUUUAUUCUACUAGAGGAGAGAUGGAGGGAUGCAUUUUAUUCUACUAGAGAGAUGGAGGGAUCUAUUUAAUUAAACUAGGAGAGGUGGAGGGAUGUAUUUUAUUAAACUAGAGGAGAGAUGGAGGGAUGCAUUUUAUUCUACUGGAGGAGAGAUGGAGGGAUACAUUGUAUUCUACUGGAGGAGAGAUGCAUUUUAUUAAACUAGAGGAGAGAUGUAUUUUAUUAAACUAGAUGAGAUAUGUAUUUUAUUAAACUAGAGGAGAGAUGUAUUUUAUUAAACUAGAUGAGAGAUGGAGGGAUGUAUUUUAUUCUACUAAAGGAGAGAUGGAGGGAUGUAUUUUAUUUUACUAAAGGAGAGAUGGAGAGAUGCAUUUUAUUAAACUAGGAGAGAUGGAGGGAUGUAUUUUAUUCUACUAAAGGAGAGAUGGAGGGAUGCAUUUUAUUCUACUAGAGAGAUGGAGGGAUGUAUUUAAUUAAACUAGGAGAGAUGGAGGGAUGUAUUGUAUUCUACGAGAGGAGAUAUGGAGGGAUGCAUUUUAUUAAACUAGAGGAGGGAUGUAUUUUAUUAAACUAGAGGAGAGAUGGUGGGAUGCAUUUUAUUCUACUAGAGAGAUGGAGGGAUGUAUUUAAUUAAACUAGGAGAGGUGGAGGGAUGUAUUUUAUUCUACUAAAGGAGAGAUGGAGGGAUGCAUUUUAUUAAACUAGAGGGAUGUAUUUUAUUCUACUAGAGGAGAGAUGGAGGGAUGCAUUUUAUUAAACUAGAGGAGGGAUGGAGGGAUGUAUUUUAUUCUACUAAAGGAGAGAUGGAGGGAUGCAUUUUAUUAAACUAGAGGGAUGUAUUUUAUUCUACUAGAGGAGAGAUGGAGGGAUGCAUUUUAUUAAACUAGAGGAGGGAUGUAUUUUAUUAAACUAGAGGAGAGAUGGAGGGAUGUAUUGUAUUCUACUAGAGGAGAUAUGUAGGGAUGCAUUUUAUUAAACUAGAGGAGAGAUGGAGGGAUGCAUUUUAUUCUACUAGAGAGAUGGAGGGAUGUAUUUAAUUAAACUAGGAGAGGUGGAGGGAUGUAUUUUAUUAAACUAGAGGAGAGAUGGAGGGAUGCAUUUUAUUCUACUAGAGAGAUGGAGGGAUGUUUUUAAUUAAACUAGGAGAGGUGGAGGGAUGUAUUUUAUUAAACUAGAGGAGAGAUGGAGGGAUGCAUUUUAUUCUACUAAAGGAGAGAUGGAGGGAUGUAUUUUAUUCUACUAGAGGAGAGAUGGAGGGAUGCAUUUUAUUAAACUAGAGGAGGGAUGUAUUUUAUUAAACUAGAGGAGAGAUGGAGGGAUGUAUUUAAUUAAACUAGGAGAGAUGGAGGGAUGUAUUGUAUUCUACUAGAGGAGAUAUGGAGGGAUGCAUUUUAUUAAACUAGAGGAGGGAUGUAUUUUAUUAAACUAGAGGAGAGAUGGAGGGAUGCAUUUUAUUCUACUAGAGGAGAGAUGGAGGGAUGCAUUUUAUUCUACUAGAGAGAUGGAGGGAUGUAUUUUAUUAAACUAGAGGAGAGAUGGAGGGAUGCAUUUUAUUAAACUAGAGGGAUGUAUUUUAUUAAACUAGAGGAGAGAUGGAGGAAUGCAUUUUAUUCUACUAGAGAGAUGGAGGGAUGUAUUUAAUUAAACUAGGAGAGGUGGAGGGAUGUAUUUUAUUAAACUAGAGGAGAGAUGUAUUUUAUUAAACUAGAUGAGAGAUGGAGGGAUGUAUUUUAUUCUACUAAAGGAGAGAUGGAGGGAUGUAUUUUAUUCUACUAGAGGAGAGAUGGAGGGAUGUAUUUAAUUAAACUAGGAGAGGUGGAGGGAUGUAUUUUAUUAAACUAGAGGAGAGAUGGAGGGAUGCAUUUUAUUCUACUGGAGGAGAGAUGUAUUUUAUUAAACUAGAGGAGAGAUGGAGAGAUGUAUUUUAUUAAACUAGGAGAGAUGGCGGGAUGUAUUUUAUUCUACUAAAGGAGAGAUGGAGGGAUGCAUUUUAUUCUACUAGAGAGAUGGAGGGAUGUAUUUAAUUAAACUAGGAGAGGUGGAGGGAUGUAUUUUAUUAAACUAGAGAUGGAGGGAUGCAUUUUAUUCUACUGGAGGAGAGAUGUAUUUUAUUCUACUAAAGGAGAGAUGGAGGGAUGCAUUUUAUUCUACUAAAGGAGAGAUGGAGGGAUGCAUUUUAUUCUACUAAAGGAGAGAUGGAGGGAUGUAUUUUAUUCUACUAGAGAGAUGGAGGGAUGUACUUUAUUCUACUAGGAGAGAUGGAGGGAUGUACUUUAUUCUACUAGAGGAGAGAUGGAGGGAUGUAUUUUAUUCUACUAGAGAGAUGGAGGGGUGUAUUUUAUUCUACUAAAGGAGAGAUGAAGGGAUGCAUUUUAUUCUACUAAAGGAGAGAUGGAGGGAUGCAUUUUAUUCUACUGGAGGAGAGAUGGAGGGAUACAUUUUAUUCUACUGGAGGAGAGAUGGAGGGAUGCAUUUUAUUCUACUGGAGGAGAGAUGCAUUUUAUUCUACUGGAGGAGAGAUGCAUUUUAUUAAACUAGAGGAGAGAUGUAUUUUAUUGAACUAGAGGAGAAAUGUAUUUUAUUAAACUAGAUGAGAGAUGUAUUUUAUUAAAACUAGAUGAGAUGUAUUUUAUUCUACUAGAGGAGAGAUGGAGGGAUGUAUUUUAUUUAACUAGAGGAGAUAUGGAGGGAUGUAUUUUAUUAAACUAGAGGAGAGAUGUAUUUUAUUAAACUAGAUGAGAGAUGGAGGGAUGUAUUUUAUUCUACUGGAGGAGAGAUGUAUUUUAUUCUACUAGAGGAGAGAUGGAGGGAUGCAUUUUAUUCUACUAAAGGAGAGAUGGAGGGAUGUAUUUUAUUCUACUGGAGGAGAGAUGUAUUUUAUUAAACUAGAGGAGAGAUGGAGGGAUGUAUUUUAUUCUACUGGAGGAGAGAUGGAUUUUAUUAAACUAGAGGAGAGAUGUAUUUUAUUAAACUAGAUGAGAGAUGUAUUUUAUUCUACUGGAGGAGAGAUGGAGGGAUGUAUUUUAUUAAACUAGAGGAGAGAUGGAGAGUUGUAUUUUAUUAAACUCAAGGAGAGAUGCAUUUUAUUAAACUAGAUGAGAGAUGGAGGGAUGCAUUUUAUUCUACUAAAGGAGGGAUGCAUUUUAUUCUACUAGAGAUGGAGGGAUGUAUUUAAUUAAACGAGGAGAGGUGGAGGGAUGUAUUUUAUUAAACUCGAGGAGAGAUGUAUUUUAUUAAACUAGAUGACAUGCAUUUUAUUCUACUAAAGGAGAGAUGGAGGGAUGUAUUUUAUUCUACUAAAAGAGAGAUGGAGGGAUGUAUUUUAUUCUACUGGAGGAGAGAUGUAUUUUAUUCUACUAGAGGAGAGAUGGAGGGAUGCAUUUUAUUCUACUAAAGGAGAGAUGGAGGGAUGCAUUUUAUUCUACUAGAGGAGAGAUGUAUUUUAUUAAACUAGAUGAGAGAUGGAGGGAUGUAUUUUAUUCUACUGGAGGAGAGAUGUAUUUUAUUAAACUAGAGGAGAGAUGGAGGGAUGUAUUUUAUUCUACUGGAGGAGAGAUGUAUUUUAUUAAACUAGAUGAGAGAUGGAGGGAUGUAUUUUAUUCUACUGGAGGAGAGAUGUAUUUUAUUAAACUAGAGGAGAGAUGGAGGGAUGUAUUUUAUUCUACUGGAGGAGAGAUGGAUUUUAUUAAACUAGAGGAGAGAUGUAUUUUAUUAAACUAGAUGAGAGAUGUAUUUUAUUCUACUGGAGGAGAGAUGGAGGGAUGUAUUUUAUUAAACUAGAGGAGAGAUGGAGAGUUGUAUUUUAUUAAACUCAAGGAGAGAUGCAUUUUAUUAAACUAGAUGAGAGAUGGAGGGAUGCAUUUUAUUCUACUAAAGGAGGGAUGCAUUUUAUUCUACUAGAGAUGGAGGGAUGUAUUUAAUUAAACGAGGAGAGGUGGAGGGAUGUAUUUUAUUAAACUCGAGGAGAGAUGUAUUUUAUUAAACUAGAUGACAUGCAUUUUAUUCUACUAAAGGAGAGAUGGAGGGAUGCAUUUUAUUCUACUAAAAGAGAGAUGCAUUUUAUUAAACUAGAGGAGAGAUGUAUUUUAUUAAACUAGGAGAGAUGGAGGGAUGUAUUUUAUUCUACUGGAGGAGAGAUGGAGGGAUGUAUUUUAUUCUACUGGAAGAGAGAUGGAGGGAUGUAUUUUAUUAAACUAGAGGAGAGAUGCAUUUUAUUCUACUGGAGGAGAGAUGGAGGGAUGUAUUUUAUUAAACUAGAGGAGAUGUAUUUUAUGAAACUAGAUGAGAUGGAGGGAUGUGUUUUAUUCUCCUGGAGGAGAGAUGGGAUGUAUUUUUUUCUACUGGAGGAGAGAUGGAAAGGUGCAUUUUAUUCUACUAGAGGAGAGAUGGAGGGAUGUAUUGUAUUCUACUUGCAGAGAAACAGAUGGAUUUAAUUCUACGACUAGAGGAACGGUCAGAUGGCAGAGCUUUGGCUUUGCAGCUUUUAAAUUGGAUUAAAGGUAUACGCAAGGAUACUUUCGUGAGCCAAUGCUAACUAGUGUUAGCACAAUGACUGGAAGUCCAUGGUAUCAUGCACCCAGUCAUUGCACUAACACCAGUUAAUAUUGGCUCACAAAAGUAUCCUUGCGUUAAUCAGACUGGGGAAGUAGAUGAAGGUUUUCAUUGUCAAAAUCCCUUUAAAUGUAGAGCUGAUAUGGAUAGUGUCAGUAAAGCAAGAGAUUCUUUUUAAAGUCACAUUUACACAACCCUCAUCUACCGGUAGAAAUUAGGGGGUGGUGAGGUCAUCACACUCCUGCAAGACUCUCCUAUCCUGUGGGGCUGCCAUGGGGACCUCCAGGUGCGUCCUUGAUGUCAUCUCCUGAGAACGCUCCAACCUGUGUGUUGGCUUCAUAGAGGUAGAAAGGACUCUGUGCCUCAAUGGAUUCUGUGACAGCAUGGGUAGCGCCAUCUCAAUUUGAAAGUUGUCAAUUUUCUUUUGUGUUUAAUAAGAGUAUUGCUAAUAUUGGUGAUUUAGCGCCACCUGCAGUGCCUAACCAAAUCUUGACUCAUUUGUUAGCUACCAAAUUGAUAAAAAUGUAUUUUACAAACCAUAGGCAACAAUUCACUGAACACUCCCCACUCAGUUGACUACUUUGAAAUGGUGGAAGCCAUUUUUUUUCACAUUGUAGAAUAAUAGUUAAGACAAACUAUGAAAUAACACAUGGAAUCAUGUAUAAAUCAAAAUAUGAGAUUCUUGACAGCUUUGCAUUCUCUCAACCAGCUUCAUGAGGUAGUCACCUGGAAUACAUUUAAAUUAACAGGUGUGCCUUAAAAGUUAAUUUCUUAAUGCGUUUGAACCAAAGUAGGGGUGGUAUACAGAAGAUAGUCCUAUUUGGUGCAAAGAGAAAAAAACGGUCAGUUAAUACAGAUGUAUUCCAAGUGCAAAAACCAAGCGCUAUGAUGAAACUGGCUCUCGUGAGGACCACCACAGGAAAGGAAGACCCAGAGUUACCUCUGCUGCAGAGAAUACAUUUAUUAGAGUUACCAGCCUCAGAAAUUGCAGCCCAAAUAAAUGCUUCAGAAUUCAAGUAACAGACUACGUUAAAUCAGGCCUUCAUGGUCAAAUUUCUGCAAAGAAACCACUACUUAAGGACACCAAUAAGAAGACUUGCUUGGGCAAAGAAACACAAGCAAAGGACAUUAGACCAGUGGAAAUCUGUACUUUGGUCUGAUGAGUCCAAAUUUGAGAUUUUUGGUUCCAACCGCCGUGACUUUGAGAUGCAGAGUAGGUAAACGGAUGAUCUCCGCAUGUGUGGUUUCCACUGUGAAGCGUGGAGGUGAUGGUGCUUUGCUGGUGACACUGUCUGAUUUAUUUAGAAUUCAAGGCACACUUAACCAGCAUGGCUACCACAGCAUUCCGUAGCGAUACGCCAUCCCAUCGUGUUUGGUCUUAGUGGGACUAUCAUUUGUUUUUCAACAGGACAAUGACCCAACACACCUCCAGGUUGUGUAAGGGCUAUUUGACUAAGAAGGAGAGUGAUGCAUCAGAUGACCUAGCCUUCACAAUCACCCAACCUCAACCCAAUUGAGAUGAGUUGAACUGUAGAGUGAAGGAAAAGCAGCAAACAAGCACUCAGCAUAUGUAGGAACAGUAUUCCAGGUGAAGCUGGUUGAGAGAAUGUCAAGCUGUCAUCAAGGCAAAGUGUGGCUACUUUGAAGAAUCUCAAAUAUAUUUAGAUUUGGUUACUACAUGAUUCCAUAGAUGUCUACACGUAUUUUACAAUGUAGAAAAUAAAAACCCUGGAAGCAGUAGGUAUCGACUUUUGACUGGUACUGUAUAUUUAUUUGGUGUUACAUGUUGGGGUGUUUUAAUCAAAUAUAUCUGAGGUGCCCUUGAGCAAGGCAUUUAACCCCUAAUAUGCAGGGGUUUUCUGGAUCAAAAAGGGUGGUGGGUGUGGCUGAAUUUGAGCCCCCCCAUCUUGGCGGAGGUAGACAUUUUAUUUAAGCCAAUUUCUCCAUGGUGUUAGAAUACAUUUUGCAGUCUUAAAAGCAAAUGUCCUGCAAUUCAUUUACCAUGGCUAAUGCUGUGUUCUAACAAAUCAAUACCGCUUAAUUGCUUUUGAAUUGUAAAUCUCCCCGACUGUCAAGCUUUUUUGUGAUUGUUAGUUCCAUUACCUUUAUUUGGUUUUAGUAAUUUGUUUCCAUAAAUCCAGUGUAAGUAAUAAAAUUAAUUUAACUUA